AAACGAGAUGACAGCGUCGAAGCAGGAACUUAAAUAUGGCUUCGGUGUUCGGUGGAGUUGACGGGUAAGAAUAAGUUGAAACAUAUAACACACUUUCUCAAUUUAGUUUACCUUUGUUUUAAGACAUAGAAACAUCAUACUUAAGGCAAGUUGCCCCAGUUUCGUAGUUGCUGUAUCAAAUUGAGGGCACUGACAACCCUAUCUUCUGUUUUUGGCACUGUGUGGUUUGAGUCUCGUGACUAAUUCAUCUCUGUCAUAUAUUGUGUAGUACAUGCAGUUAUAAUCAAUUACACCUGCGUUUCUUUUUCAUUAAUGACAGCAAUUGCUUUGAAGUCUAUUUGGCGUCUGUAAGUUAAAAAAGAAUAGAAAGUGCAUGUCGUUUUCUCUUGUAUUGUGUGUUUUUUAAGCAUGUCUGUAUUUUUGUAUUUCUCAAGUGGAGGGACCCACUCCAAAGCGGUGUUGGUGUCAGCAGAUGGAAAGAUUUUGGCAGAAACAGAAGGACCAUCCACAAACCACUGGGUAAGCAAGAGGACUUGGUUGUAUUAUCAUAUUAAAGGGAUAUUCUGGCGUAAAAUUAAUUUAGGGCCAAGCACACCAUAACACAGAGUUAGACACCCCCUCGAGAGAUGUAUGUUGCCUACCACUUGCUUCUCUAGUUAUACCAACUUUAGAAACUGCCGCACGAUAGCAAUACACAGCGGUCUGAGGAGCCAUAAACAAACCUCAACCAAAACGCCACUCUAUAGCCACAAAUAAUGCUCAGAACAGCACCUAACUUCAUCAACAGUACAUAUAGGGUCGCAGCCACAGCACUAGCCAUCAACAGAUUUUUAACUGCCUAAUAUCUUUAACAACGAGUCCAAACACAACUCACCUGCUCUCUUCCAGCAGCUGCUUGUUUGUAGCGAGACCUCAGGCAAGGACUACAGCGGGGUGGCACAGCUCAAGGAAGAGCAUUUAUGAUCAUUUUAGCAUGGAAAUGCAAUCAGACUGAGACGCUAAGGCUGGAAAACUACCACGUCUGCAGUUUAAAAUAUUAAUAUGGAAAUGAUAAAGUAAUGAUCAAAAAUGUUCUUCCUUGAGCUGCGUCACCCCGCCGUAGUCUGUAAUGGACUGGCCCGAGUUCUUGCUACAAACAAGCGGCUGCUGGAAGAGAGUAGGUGAGUUAUGUUGAGUCUCUUUGCUAAAAAAAUUAGGCAAAGCUAAAAAGAUGUUUGGUGGCUAGGACCCUAUAUGUACUGUUGAUGAAGUUAGGUGCUGUUCUGAGCAUUAUUUGUGGCUAUAGAGUGGCGUUUUGGUUGAGGUUUCUUUAUGGCUCCUCAGACCGCUGUGUAUUGCUAUCAUGCGGCUGUUUCUAAAGUUAGUAUAACUAGAGAAGCAAGCAGUCGGCAACAUUCAACUCCCGAGGGGGUCUUUAACUUGGUGUUACGGUGUGUUUGGCCCUAACUUAAUUUUACACCGGAAUUUCCCUUUAAGAGAGAUUAAUGGAUGGACAAAAGGACUUUCGGCGAGUUGAACAAAUGCUGAGAAACGCUAACACCUCUCAUGUAAAUUUUUUUGUGUAUUUGUAUGUGUGAAUGUUCAGUUGGUUGGGGUGGACAAAUGUAUUGAGACCAUCAAUGACAUGGUGCACAGAGCAAAGAUGGAGGCUGGGCUGGACCCAAACACACCGCUCUGCUCACUGGUCAGUUAAACUCUAUGACAGACACUUGACAUUUUUAUUAAAAAAGGAGUAAAUGUCAAACACAACAGUUUUACACAGACAAUUGAUUAAAUGGGUGUGUGUUUGUGUGUGUGCAGGGCAUGUCUCUGAGUGGAGGGGAGCAAAAGGAAGCCAUCAACAAACUAAUUGCUCAAAUGCAAGAAAGGUUUCCCACUCUUAGCCAGCACUAUUUCAUCACCACUGAUGCCGUUGGGGCCAUGGCAACAGCCAGCGAUUGUGGUGAUUAUUAUUUUCUGCUUUAUUGUAUUGUACAUAACACAAAGCCUGUCACUUUUUAAAAUUUGUUCAAAGUUAUUUGUUAUCAUUCUUAUUUCAACCAUUUUUGACACAUUCAUGAGAGUAAUGUGUAAUUAAAAUAUGAAUAAAUCUUAUGUACAUUACCACUGAAGCUACAACUGUACCACCUACCUCGACAGAUACAGACACAGCUGAAAUUAUGACAGUAAAAAGUCAUAUCAGGGUAAAUCUUCGUACUUUACCCUCUUGGGUGUGGUUGUAUAAAUAUAUCAUAUGCGAUGUUUCCUUUGAAACUUUAUGACUGAUCUAGAUGAAUGCAGUCUUAUCUGUGAACACGUGGUACAAGCUCAGCUAACCUCUGCUCUCGUUGUAGGAGGUGUAGUGUUGAUAUCAGGAACAGGAUCUAACUGCAAGUUGAUCAACCCUGAUGGCUCACAGAUUGGCUGUGGGGGCUGGGGUCACAUGAUGGGUGAUGAAGGAUCAGGUAAUUGUGGUAAAAUGUACUUUGCACAUGUGUCUCAUAAGACAGGUCUAUCAAUGAGUGAUGUACCCAUCAAUAACUAGAUGUUUAUCAAGCUUCAGGUUUGCCUGAUGAUGGCAAGUUGCUUGUAAAUAUAUGGAAAAUCCAAGCUCAAUUAAAUCAACUAACCUUUUUAUCAUGUCUUUCCAAUUCUUAGCAUUCUGGAUCGCUCACCUGGCCAUUAAGACAGUUUUUGAUGCCAAAGACAAUCUGGUUUCUCCUCCUCAUGAUGUGACACGAGUCAAGAAAGCCAUGGAAGAAUACUUUGAGGUCGGACUGCAGUCACACUGAGAUAUGUUUUGAGAGUUGUCAUUACAUUUUGUCACCCACCAAGAUGUGCAGUUAGGAAAAAGAUUGAUAUUUUUUAAUUAUUUUGGGUUUUUUUAGGUGUCAGAUCUGAUGGGCAUGCUUCCACACCUGUACAGAAACUUCCAGAAGUCUUAUUUUGCAGGUUUCUGCAAGAAAUUAUCUGAAGGUUGGUGACGUAUCACUUCUUGCAAGGUCCUAAAAAAAGAAUUUAAAAUUGGGGGUCUAAUAAAGGGUAUUUGUGUUUUUCUAUGUGAUUCACAGAAGGAGAUGAUGCUCUCUGUCAGUAUGUGUUUACUCAAGCUGGAAGAGUUCUGGCCAAACAUGUAGAAGCAGUCUUAUCCGAAGCACAAGAGGUAAAACAUACAAAUACCAUGCUUUUUGAUUUCAACAUCGUCUACAUCAAUUUCCUUUUUUGGUUAUGACAGCCUCUUCUGAGUGGUGACACUGGCCUGCCAAUCCUGUGUGUGGGCUCAGUUUGGAAGAGCUGGGAGCUUCUGAAGAAAGGUAAGUCUCAAAUCAGGAAAAGAGCAACUCAUUUUUUUCCCACCAUUUACACACAAAUACCAAAAAAAGUGAUGUUAAGUUCCACUAAAUGCAUCUUGGUUCCCUUUUUUUUUUGUUAUUUCUGUCUCUGAUCAGGCUUCACUGAGGUGUUAGAUAAAGUGGCUUCAUCUGACAAAUUCAAGGGCCGUUUCCGUGGAUACAGCCUUCUGACCUUGCAGCAAUCUUCUGCCCUUGGUGGUGCAUGUCUGGGAGCUAAAAGUAUCGGCUGCUCCAUUCAAAUGGAUUUUAAAGCUAAUGCCAACAUCUUCUACAAACACACUUUUAAUAGUCAAUAAGGGUACAGCUCUGAAUCACUUACAUAUUACCAACUUAUUGAUCUUUCAAAGGGAAUAUGUGUUAGACAUUUUUUUAUAAUAAUCCUUACCUCAAUAAUUUUCUAUCAGACUUACCUUUAAAUUGAAACCUUUAAAUUUGUCCUAUCAGAACACAAUACUGAAUGAAAACAUUUGAACUAGGUGCCUAUCUGACAGCGCUGUAGCUAAGUUUAAACAGGGGUUGUUAUUCUCUUUUCAGACUCUAUAUUUUUUCUGAUACCUCUUUAAAUGGCUUUACAUGAUUUGUUGAUCUUUCAAUCAGAUCUGCUUUACUCAGCAUGAUCAAUAUGUCUUGAGUGACAGGAUACAUUCCAUAGUCUUUUAAAGUAGCUGCAAUUGAAUGUCUUCUUUAAAAAAAACACCCUAGAUUCAAGAACUUUGGCUCACUAUAGGACUAUAUCAAUCCUCCCCUGUACUUCAAAAUUACUUGAGAAAGUUGUACCAAAUCAGCUCUGUGACUUUCUCAGCAGCAACAGUUUAUUUGAGGAUUUAGAGUCUACCAUAGCACUAAAACUACACUUCCUGAGUGUGACGAAUGAUCUACUGAUUGUUGUGAACAGUGGUCUUCUCUCAGUUCUUGUUUCGUUAGAUCGUAUUGCUGCUUUUAAUACUAUUGGCCAUCAGAUCCUGUUACAAGGGUUUGAACUACAAAUAGGUAUUACAGGAACUGCUUUAGAUUGGUUUUAGUCUGAUUUGUCGGAUUGUUCUCAGUUUGUUAAUGAAAAUUGUUAAGUGCAUAACUAGGUCGGUUAUGGGGUUCCACAGGGUUCAGUGCUAGGACCAAUCCUUUUUCCCCCUUUAUAUGCAUCUUCUAGAAAAUAUUACUCAGCAAAAUGUCAGAAACUUUCACUUUUAUGCAGAUGACACUCAAUUGUACCGAUCACCGAAGCCAGAAGAGAGCAAUAGAUGAACUUCACUUGAAGUCUGUCUUAAAGAUGUUAAAACCUUGAUGACCAAAAACUUUUUGCUUCUCUAUUCUGACAAAACUGAAGUUACUGUUCUUGGCCCCAAACACUUAAAGAGAGACGUUUUCUUGUGAUAUAAUGCAGUAGGUGGCACCAGUCUGGCACCCAGCAGCACUGUUGAGAAUCAGGGAGUUCUUCUGGACCAGGAUAUGUCCUUUAACUCCCACAUUUGAACACUCCCAAAUUUGAACACUUGGUCUUUGAAAAUUUUGUACCGGUACAGCCUUUUUUUUGUCACUUGUCUUGGUAUAACACUUGUUGAUUUCAUGCUUCAUAAAUACAGAUUGAUUGAUUGGUAGUGAUGAAGUUACUGAUUGUGAAAUGAUCUUGCAACAAUCCAUCAUGAUUAAAGAUGUGCUUUAUCUUGAAGUCUUGUUUACAUCAUAUAUAACAUUUUUUAUGGCAGUUUUUUUAACUUUAUUGUACUGUACCAUAAAUCCUCGCACUUUAAGGAAGCUUUUUUACAUUUGUCAUUCAUGACGAAACUGUAAACAAUUGAUUAAGAUGUGACUCAAAAUAAAGAAUCAAACCAAUGCUCUGUCAAGUUUGUGUUUUGAAAGUUUGUACUUCAGUAAAUGAGUUUGACUUUAAAGCUUACGGCAUCAUUUGACUUUGAGUGUCAAUUUUAUGUUGUAUUUUUUACAUUUUUGACAGGGCUUGAUUUUGUCAAACCAUAUGUUGGUCAUGUGGCCCUCAUCCUGGGGCAUGCAAAUUUCAGAGCACAACCGUGUCUGUUGGAUUCUGAUAUCCACAUUUUCCUCUCACUUGGUUAUCUAUUGGUCUCUCAAGACAAAAAUAUCUCAUCUUUUGUGUACAAAUAGAUUUGAUGUAGGUAUAACUGUGUCUCCUGAUCCAAUGCCCACAUGCUGCUCUGUUUUUUUGAACAGUCCUGUCUACAAGUUACCAGCUGUGUUAACAGUCGACCGUCAAAUUUGUGGCAGUAAAGGGAUAGAGAAGCUGUAGAAGUAGAAGUAGCAGUAUUCUAUGUGUUGUCUGGGGAAACAGAAUAAAUCCUGUUUGGGUUUAAUCAAAAACAUUUAUAUCAACAUUCCACUGUCUCCAACACUGAGAGUCUGACUCAGUCCAGUUUGGCUUUCCUGGUGUGAGAAGAGGAGUCAGAAAACAUCAGAUGAUUUCAGCAAGACACCUGGAGGUAAAAGCUAUGAGACUGACUCAUUAUUACUGCCUUUCAUCUUUGAUAAUGCAAAAUGUAAAAGAGUGUCUGAUUAACUGUUCAGGUUAUUUUUCAGUAUGUUUUGAAUUGAAUUUAGGAGGUUAAAAACUCAUUUAGAGAAGUUAACGUAUUGCUCCUGUUUCUUAUCUCAAGCUCACUGUUGACUCUUUCCUUUCUUUGACAAACUUUACCACAAUAUCAGCAAUACUGUGAACCAUGCCUGCACAACAAAAAUCUCUGCUUGUGUUAAACAAAGACUUAAAAUAAUGCAGUAUUUUAAAAAAUGCCUACACUUCUGAGUGUCAGAGUUACUACACAAAAAAAUAUCUCCCACAAGAUAAUGCAAAAAAUUAAACACACUUGAAUGAUAUUUUCAAAUAUUUAUGUUAAAAUUUUGUACAUAGAGAGCAAAGUUUAUCAGUCAGGUUUUCUUGUAUGUUUAACAUACUUGGCCAAUAAGUCAACACCUCCAUAUCGGAGUCCAUGGUCUUUUAUUUAUACAUAUAGCAUGAUAUGGGCCAGCUUAAUUUCCUUAACACUUUAAAUUUAGAUCCAACACAGACUCUAACAUAACCCUGAAUUUUUACUUUAUGUUAAAAAUGAUACUUUGACAGUGGUGUCAUAGGACUAUGUUGUACAGGGUACACUUGACUUCACUAUAACAGAGAUUUUGUGACAAAAGAAACGGAUCUACCACAAAAGACUUCAACUUUACAGGGUUAAAUAAAGAGUGGAGUAAGGAGAAAAGACUAUUGUUCCCUUUGUCAUUGUGGUUUUAUCACGAAUGCUCCCAGCUGGUGAUCCAACAGCAGCUCCAUGGUUUGAGUAUUUUUGCUUUUUUUUUUUACAUAAAGCUUGAAACUUCAUUUGAGUUUUUCACUGUAAACUGUAAUAAUCCAAUUCUUGCCUCUUGUACCUCUCCACAGUUUACACACCUCCCCCAAAUAAAUGCCUCUUACUCUGCUGUUCAUUAGUAAUAACACAGUAAUAAAGAACAGUAUUACACCCACCAUUGCUACUGAUUUGAUUAAUUUUGCUUUCAAAAUUCAAAAUGUAUUAUUUGAGAAAUCUCCAAUCUAUUACAGGGUCUGAUAACUUUCUCCACUUGUGUUUACCAAAAUAUAACUUUAUAAAGUUCAACCAUUGCUCUGAUUCUGCAGGAAAUGUAACUCUAAUGUGUAUUUGAGCUCAUCUGCAUUUCUGUACAUAUCAGCCCACCCCCAAAGCACAGAAACUGAAUGCAUGUUUCUCUCAUUCAGACUGUGGGACAAAUCCCUCGGGACAGGUUUGUCACCACUUAUAUGAGAGAUUAUAGACCAUAUAGUGAGCACCACCUGCAGAAAAACCGACCAAGGCCCAGAAGAGACGUGAGACCUGCACCUUUCUUCACCAACCCACUUCCGGUUAGAUGGAUGGAUGGAUGUAUGGAUGGAUGGAACUGAUCGAUUAAAACUCAUUGUCAUGUGUUGUUUCCGCAGACUGGUCAUGAUUUCUGGACCACAUUUUAUAGGACGUCUAACAGCGUCUAUGGCUCUUCAAUCUACCCACAGGUGAACCACACACAUGCAGCCACAUUAUCAUCUUUUAUCUCCAGCUAUAUUUCACUAAUGUCGCUCCUUCAUUCUGCUUUCUAUCCCAUGAACCUCCUUCAAACUGCUACUCUCCUGCUCCCUUACCCUACCCUACCUAGGCUAGGACACAGGAUAUAGAAGUUGCUGAGGAGACUCGACCUCUAGUUGGUGUAGGGGAGAGGGGUCAGCUCCACUAUGUUCAUGGUGGGGAGGGUAAGAGGAAAAUCAAGAACACCCAUGUACUUUCAAACACACCUGAGCUGGCAGUUUCACUGGGUACUUAGUCCUUUUACUUUUAUUGGCAGCGUUGCAGCAACAGGAAACAGAAAGUGAGCCACAGAGGGUGCCUGAGGUUCUGUAUGAGGAAGGUAAGAUCGAUUAUGUAAUAUUUCUAGGAGUAUUCAUAAAAUUCAAGACUGGCUCUCUUUGUUUAAAUGUUCUUUUAGUGUUGAAAAAACAGAAAUUAGGUCUGCAAAUAAUUCAAGAGCUUUCAAAUUUGAGUGUUGCUAUUAGUGAUGGGCAUUACGGCUCUCUUAAGUGAGCCAGAUCUUUCUGCACAGCUCACCAAGACGAGCCGGCUCUUUUGGCUCCCAGACAGCUCUUCAUUUUACCAUGUGUACAUUUUCUAAUUCAGCCAAAUUUAGCGUUGUUUGGCGUAUGAUAUGUAUGUAUGUGUACACAUACCUCUUAAAUAAUUCAAUACAUCCUUUGUACUGAAGUAUUCACAAGUAAAAAUUACAUUUUCUAAUAUCAGUAAAUUGCUGUAGCCAAUUGUUUUGCAUUUACAGACAUUCACUGACUUGCUUGUAGAACCACUCUGCUACACAAAGCAGAUUGAAAUCCCGUCAUUCUGCCUUGUAGUUUAUUUCUACAGUCUGUGGGGGAAAAAAGACCCCAAAAAAAGAAAAAAAAAUGGGUUACAGAUGUUCAUGGCUCCCACCGUUCACAUUAAAAAGCCAGCUCUUUAAAAAAAAAGAAAGAAAGAAAGAAAUGUAGUGAGCUAAGCUUUCUAUUAAAAAAAAAAAAAAAAAGAGCCUGCUCUUUGAAUUGAUUCGUUCGUGACCAACACAUCACUGGUUUCUAUGCCAAAAUAGCCCUCAAGAAAGAGGAUCUUUAUUCCCCCCAAAAUUAAACCCCCAAUCUUUUUUUUUCCCUCUUACAAAUGUAGGUGUGAUGGAGUUGACAUCUCGUGUUUGUCCAGCUUGCUAUCAAGAUCAUGUUAGAUCUGCCCGUAGAGAGGCUGGGCUGCAGCAUCUACCCCACCUUCCUGUCUUUUCCAGUCCACCUACAAUAGUCACAGGUAAGACAGCACCCCCUGGUGAUCCUACACUCCCUAGCAGAAACAUGUCCACUGAGGGAGGUCAGGCAGUUUCUCUCUGUUUCACUUUUAACUUCUUCAAUAAAGUAGCUACAGUGCAAUGUCCACAAUCUCAAUAUUUUGAUAUUUCAACAGUUUUUGGCGAUCAAAGCGUUAGAGAUUCAACAGUAAAAAUGAGCGUCCAAAUUCAAUUCAGGGUAGUCAAAAUUAAAAUAGUUCAGACUUGCCAAAAAAAAGUUUGGAUGUUAACAAGAAAGCUUUAAAGAUGUUUAGAGACACAUUUGGUUUGUAGGCUGUUCACAGAUUUUUCCCUAAAUGUUUAAACAAUCAGUACAUUUUUUUGUGGGGGUGGAAUUUUUCAUAUGUGGUGUAAGUACUUUCUGUGGUCAAAUGACUAGAGAACAGCUACAAACCAGUCCAUCAAUCUCAGCCCCAUCGGCUAUCAUCUAAAACUGAGCUUUCAAGCAGAUACAUAAGCUUGAAGGGGAAAAAAAAGCAAAUUUAUCCUUAUGUGACAACUCUUAGGAUCUGGACUGUAUUUCUGCAAACCAUCAGCUUUGAUUAGGAUACUUCUCUUACAAAUUUAAAGAGAUUACUGUCAAUUUUCUUCACAAGAGGGAACAAUAAAACCAUCUCGGUCGUUUGAAUUAGCGUUUGAAUUUUUCUAGAUGCUGAAAAUUUGGACAACAGUACCUUCCUGAGGGAUUUAACAACCUAUGGACCUGGAAACAGCACCUAUCUUCAGCCUUUUCCCAGGCAGUGCAGUUGGUAAGCCGCUGACAAUCUUCACUUUUAAUAGCAUAUAUUUUUAUAUUUGUUUGGGUAUACCUCUAUAGUUGUUGCUUUAAGAUGCAAACCUUUCCUUUUGGCAUCCAUCGUAGCAGCACACUACCCGUGGUCCCAGUACAGUCCACAGUCAACUACAGGGAGCCCAGAAGGGAGCCAGUGUUGACUGAAUACCAAGCCAGUUAUACUGCUGAGGUAAAAAGGGGACAGGGAGGUUGAGUAACUGUAAGAUGAUCACUAAAAUAUGUCCUUUUCAUUUCUAUCUUUGUGUGUUUACUCCUAGAGGGCCCGGCCUAACAUCCAGCAGAAUACCUUUUCCUACGUCCAUCUUCCUCCUCAUCAGAUCUGUUACAAUCUACUCUAAAAGUCAAACUUCUGUCUUAAUACAAAACAGGUUCUCCAAAGCCUCUUUUGUCCGUUUGUUUUUUUGAGUCAGACAUGAUGUUCCCAUCUGAACAUUAUGUCAACUGAGGUUGCAGUCAAAGCCUGUGAGUCUCAGGUAUCUUACCUGAGGAUGAGUCAUAACACUUCAGGGGACCAUCGGCUGGCAAGGAGCUAAAGGAGAAUUUGUGUCUCCUUCAUAGUUGUUUUGGUAGUUCCCCUUCAUCCAAACCUUGCAAUCCACUGAAGGAUUUAAAAAACAGAUUAUUUCUCUAGUAUCAGGUAAGCAAAGAGGAGCCACAUGUACAUUUUGUAUUGCAGUGGUAGGAUAAGUGUUAUGAUACUUGUGGCUAAAGGUUUUGAGAAUGAUCCAUAUACUGAUUUUCACAAAAUUUGCUGCCUCUUUGUUUUUAGAUCUGUUUGUCUGAUGUUUUAUGGUAUACUAAAGAAUAAUUACAAGAGUUUCUUAUCUGUCAAAGGCUUUUAUUGACAAUUACAUUAAGUUUAUGCAACUAGUCAAUAUUUGCAGUGUUUGCCCUUCUUACUCAAGACCUAUAGAAUUCACCCUAGCAUGCUGUCAAUCAACUUCUGGGUCAAAUCCUGACUGAUGGCGGCCCAUUCUUGUAUAAUCAAGGCUUGGAAUUUGUCAGGACUUACAGGUUUUUGUUUGUCCACCCAGCUCUUCAGAAAUUCUAAAGACAUGUAAAGGGUGAAUGAAUAGGAAGGAAUGAGGUUAGGUACAUAUAAGCUUGACAGCUUCAACCUACUCCUUUUCAAUCUCCAAAAGAUAUUGAAUUACUUGUUUUGUCUACUGUACUGUAUGUAUAUUUGAUCGAAUAAACAAUAUUGACUACAAGUUCUCAAUGUGAUAAAGGUCUAGGGAGUUUCUUGGCCAUGGACCCAAAAUUUUUAUGUUUUGUUCCCCAAGUCACUCAGUUAUAACUCUUGCCUUAUAGCAAGGUGCUGGAAAAGGCAUUAUUCCUCACCAAACUGUUCUUGGAUGGUUGGGAGAAGUUGUUUUGGUACCAUUCCUUAUUCAUCCCUGUGUUCUUGGGCAACAUUCUGAUCCUGAUAUAUUUUAAGUAUUUAUUUCUUUAAUUUGUUGAUUGUAACAGCUAAUGAAAACUCAACAUUAAGUAUACUGAAUUUGGGGUUUUCAUUGACCGAUACAAUCAUCAAAAAAUAGAAAUAAAGACUUUAAAUGAAUCCAUCUUUACAUGAUAAAUCUACGACAGUUUAUUUUUGAACUGAAUUAAUGGAAUGAAUCAACUUUUUGAUUCAUCCAUCUACAGAUGGGCCUGUGUAUGUAUGUUAGGGCUGUCAACGAAUAUUCAAAAUUUAAAUUCAUAUUUUAAUAUUUAAGAAAAAUAAAAAAAGAGAGACUCAAAUGUGAAAAUUAAUAUUCCAAUAUUAAAUAAACAGCGGGAAAAAACUGAGUGAGAAAAAAAAAGUGUCUGCUUUGCGAGUGAGCGCAAAAGCCAUCCAUGGCACAUGCAGAGAGAGAUGGCGGGAUGUUCGGAGAGAGAGGUCCGGACUCCC